ACAUUCACGAAGCUCCAUCUAACUUCUCGACAUAUUCAAUCAGGCUGUUCGAAUCGUUACCUUACAUUGUCAACGUACCGUUAAUGUACUUGAGGUGGAUAGCCACAGAAGUCACCUGCAUCAGACAAACCUAAUCAGCUUCAAGAAUCCAACUCCGAAACACGCACCUGCAUUAGUUGUAGAAGUGCGUUAGAAGGGCUUGCCUAACGUGUCUAAUACAAUCAACCCCGCCGUUGCCAGUUGCUCACCAUUUGCGUCCUUGCAGCUUCCAUUGGACACACCAAGGACCCAGUUGCCCUCGUGAUACUGGCGAAUUCAAAGAUUUCCUCUACAAAAACACAUUCACGACCCCUCUCCCUCGUCUUGACAACUUCUCUUCUUAUACUUCUGCUCGCCAUUGCCCUCAAUCUGGCUGCCCCACGAGCUCUCUCUCGUCUUACUUUAUAUCUGAACCAGAUACGUCCAAAAUCGUCUUCCCCAACAGCUCUUCUCUCCUUCAACCGCUCACCCACUACUACACACCUUCGAUCCAUCGUAUCCGCCAACAUGGCUCCCGACAAGUAUAAGAAUCCUCCGCAGGCACCACCAACCUUCACUGGCACAAAGGAGUCUAUUGUCAACGAUGCUAAAACUAUUUGCGACUCUACACGAUCUCUGCUAGACAAUCUCGUUGCGAAGGUGCCUUCUGACAAGGCCAGUUUUGCCUCUGUCCUAGCGCCGAUAGCGGAAGACGAAGACCAGUCUCAGCUGAGUACUCGAAUUCUUGGCUUCUACCAAUACGUUUCAGCCAACGAAGAUUUGCGGAAUGCUUCCACCGAGGCGGAGAAGAUCAUGGAUGAGUUCUCGAUCGAGUGCAACAUGCGCGAGGAUGUUUUCAAACUCGUCGACGCCGCUUUUCAGGCCCAGAAGACCAAGGAGCCCGACCUAGACCCGGAAGGGCUGCGGCUACUCGAGAAAGAGCGUAAGGGUUACAUCAGGAACGGACUAGGGCUUCCUCAAGGUCCUAAGCGAGACAGGUUCAAGGAAAUCAAGAUGCGGUUAAGUCAAAUUGCGAUUCAAUUUCAGAAGAACCUCAAUGAAGAAAAUGGAGGCCUGUGGUUCACGAAGGAAGAAUUAGAUGGAGUGCCGGAAGAUGUGAUCGAUGGCCUAGAGAAAGGUACUGGAGAGAACGAGGGGAAGGUCAAACUCAGCUUCAAGUACCCCGAUCUAUUCCCGACGCUCAAAUUCGCCAAGAACCCUGAGACUCGAAAGAAGGUUUUUAUUGCUAACGAAAAUAAGACCAACCAGAAUGGCCCCCUUUUCAAAGAGGCCAUCCUGCUACGUGACGAAGGUGCUAGACUUCUGGGGUACCCUAACCACGCCGCUUUCCGUAUAGAAGAUAAGAUGGCUAAGGAUCCGGCCGUGGUUAACUCCUUUCUAGCAGAUUUGCGAACGCGUCUCACACCAGGUGGUGAUAAAGAGAUAAGUCAUCUACUGGAACUCAAGAAAAAAGAUGAGGAGUCAAGAGGAUUGAAGCCAGACGGUAACUACUACCUCUGGGAUCACCGGUUCUAUGACCGAAUGAUGGUGGAGCAAGAAUACAACAUUGACGAGGUCAAGAUUGCCGAAUAUUUCCCACUCCAAAGCACUGUCCAAGGGAUGCUGCAUAUCUUCGAAGAAUUGUUCGGCUUAGUAUUCGUGGAACUAGACGCCAGUGAGCGGAAGCGGUUAUCGCCGACUGGUAAAGCUGAAGAUAUUGCAUGGCACGAAGAUGUGAUCGUCUUUUCUGUCUGGGAUGACUGCUCUGAAGGUGAUGGCUUUGUUGGCUAUCUCUAUCUUGAUUUGCACCCACGGCAAGGUAAGUAUGGCCAUGCCGCUAACUUCAACCUACAGCCGGGCUUCCUGAAGAAGGAUGGCACACGCAGGUAUCCUGCCACCGCCUUAGUGUGCAACUUCUCUAAACCGACCGAAAAGAAGCCCUCUUUACUCAAGCACGACGAGGUGGUUACGCUGUUCCAUGAGCUCGGACAUGGCAUUCAUGAUUUGACUGGCCGAACUAAGUACAGCAGAUUCCACGGCACAUCGACAGUUAGGGACUUUGUCGAAGCCCCAAGUCAGAUGCUUGAGAAUUGGUGCUGGACGCCUAGUCAGCUAAAAGCCCUCUCAAACCACUACCAAACUGGCGAGAAGAUUCCCGACGAAUUGAUCGAGAAACAGAUUUCAACUAAGCACGUUAACGAUGCGCUAUUCAACCUUAGGCAAUUGCACUUCGGUAUCUUUGAUAUGACGGUACAUUCACCUGCUACCCAUGAGGAGCUUGAGAAGCUAGAUGCUGGUGCGCUCUAUAACGAUCUCCGGACUCAGAUUGCUGGCCUCAAGGGCCCCGAAGCUCUAGGAGAGCCAAGUACCUGGGGCAACGGCCAGGCAACCUUCGGCCAUCUCAUUGGAGGUUAUGAUGCUGGUUACUAUGGCUACCUUUCUUCAGAAGUCUACAGCACGGACAUGUUCUAUUCGGUCUUUAAGAACGACCCAAUGAAUGGAAAGGAAGGCCGUAGAUACCGUCACACCGUUCUUGAACGCGGCGGCAGUCAAGACGAGAUGAUUACGCUCGAGCAAUUCUUGGGCAGGAAGCCUAGCAGCGACGCAUUUUACAAGGAGCUCGGCCUUACUGCUAUUGCUCUCACUUCUGCCGCAUAAAACGUGGGCGAAAGCCCCCAUGAAGAUUAAGACCAUUAGCCGUGCGACUUGUGGUAAUCGGAAGCUAUCCGAUGAGUCUCGCACGCGGAUAUUCCGUGGCUAUCUGUAUAAGUGGCUCUCAUUUCCUUGGUCAAAUGUUCCAAGGUUGGAGACAAUUCAUAUAUAGCGGAGUCAGAUACGUUGUCUACAGAAAAUAAAGACUUAAUCUUGGCCAGUA